CCCACAGUGCCCCUCGACAGUCGCUAUGGAGGCCGGCAGGACCGCGGUGUUGCGCGUGAAGCGCAAGCGUAGCGCGGAGCCCGCGGAGGCUCUCGUGCUGGCCUGUAAACGCCUCCGGAGCGGCGAGGUCGCGUCGUCUGCCCAGGGGACGCCGGAGGCUCCGGAGACAGCGUCCGAGAGUAAUGUCUUCCAGUUGGUUGCUACGGUGCGCUCCCAGGAGGAGCCAAUCCAGCAGCUCGUGCGGGCCGCCCUGCGCCCGUCCCGGAGCAGCCAGCUGCGUAUCCGCCGCGAUCUUCGAGCCUCUGUUCGCGAGGUCCGUAAAGAGGGCCGCUACAAGGUAGUCUCCAGCCACCGAGCCUCAGGGAUCGGCGGCAGUUUGGAGCCACGGUGUGUGUCGGAAGACGUCGGGGACGCGGGCUUCCAGUUGUUGGACCUGGUGCACGAGGAGGGAGACCCGGAGGCGGCUGCCACAGGCAGCUGCAAAACAUCUGAUCCAGAUGUGAUCAUGUGCAAUUCUGUAAAGUUGAUCCGUGAGAGGCUGACUAUAUCUGAAGAUGGACCACAAGUGGAGCACCAGAAGGAAUCAGAGCACAAUGACGACUAUGUAUAUGACAUUUACUAUACGGAGAUGGCCCCACCAGGAUGGAUUGAGAACAUUCUGUCUGUGCAGCCCUACAGCCAGGAGUGGGAGCUGGUGAAUGAUGAUCAGCAACCAGAAGAUACAUAUGAAGAUGAAGAUGAUGAAAACAGUGAAAAUAAUUGGCGCAAUGAGUACCCAGAUGAAGAAAGCAGUGAUGGAGAUGAAGAUUCUAGAGACUCUAAUGAAUACAACAGCUUCAGCGAGGAGGAAAGCAGCAGACAAUUGAUGUGGAGCAAGUACCCUUUGGAUGUACUGAAGGAGUUUGACUAUGAUAACCCCCAUGAUCUGGAUUCAGACUGAGAUUCUUCCACAAGCCCUUAAGGGCUCUGUAGAAAGAAAAAUUAUAUCCCAGCACAGUAAAGACUUAACUAAGGGCUCUUCUACUUAUAAGUGAUAAGUGAAGCCAAGCAUGCUAGCUCAUGCCUGUAAUUUCCAGCAUUCAAGAAUCUGGGAGCAAAAGGAGGGCUGAAAAUGCAAGACUAGCCAAGAUUAUAUAGAAAGUUCUAGGCUAACCUGGUCAAAAGAAUAAGAUUCUAUUAAAACACAAAAACAAGUGAUCCUACAGUCUGGAAAUAAAAUGACGUAAAACCUCCAGCCCAGGUUUUAUUAUUGUCUUCUAUGCCAAGUCCAAAGGAGAUGGAGGAAGCUCCUAUUUCAUCCGCAGCAUAAUCUACCUUCCAAACUGGAGUGCCUGCCUCCAAUGAAGCCUGUUUUCUUUGAUGGAGGUCAUCUCUACAAGGGCAACAGUGGCUCCCUGCCUGAACUAUAGGAAGUACCCCCAUCACCUUUGGACUCUGAUAAUGGUUAUAAAGACUGCUCUCAUCUUUUGACAGUGGUGCCACAGAACAGUAAGUAUUAUGCAAUCAAUACUCUAAUAAAAAUAAACUUUUUACACAAAAGCAAGCAAUUUUGUUUUUUUCCAAGACAAGGUUUCUCUGUAGCUUGUAACCUGUCCUGGAACUCACUCUGUAGACCAGGCUGGCCUCAAACUCAGACAUCUACCUGCUUUUGCCUCCAGAAUGCUGGAAUUAAAGGCAUGUACCACUACUUCCCAGCUGCAAGCAGUUCUUUUAAAUCCUUUCAAUCCGAUUAUUCUAGGUUUUCUCCGCAGAAAAGGGAGAGGUUAGUAAGAUAGGCAUUUCAUAAUUAACUUUAUAUACUAUGGGCUAAGUUAACUGUUUAUAGAACUCACAAAAAAAAGUUAGUUGUCCCUCAGUAUACUGUGACCAAUUGGUUCCAGGACUGCCAAAAUCCACCAUAUAUGUAAGUCCUUUACAUAAAAUGACACAGUAUUUGCAUAUAAUCUGUCUUCAGAUUAUAAAGAUCUAAUGUAAACACUAUCUAAAUUGUACAUCAGGGAUUUUUGUUUGCAGGUAACAGUCUCAGCCCUGGCUAUCCUGGAAGUCACUGUAUAGUCCAGGCUGGUCUUGAACCAGAAGAGAUGGCCUGCCUUUGCAUCCCUAGUGCUUGCUGGUUUUUUGGCUUUUUUUUUUUCUUUUAUAAUCUUAAGUCUUCCAAGUGCUAGUAUUACAGGUGCAAGCUAUUAAAUUGGCUAGAUUUUAUUUUAACUUAGCUACAUGUGAUACUAUAGGUCUAGGGAAAUAACACUGAGAAUAUUCAACUCAGCAAAUGUCCUCUUGUACUGUGAUAACUGACCUAUUGGAAAGUGAAUUACACAGAUAUCUUCCCACUGUUUACAAGUUCAUAAACUCUCAUUCUUUCUAUA